GUGUUUUUUUUUAAAAAAAAGGAUUUUGUUAAAUAAGGCUUUGAAGGAGGAGUAAUUCCCCUUUUGUACGGCGGCUCCCAGAAGAUUGCAAAGGUGGAGCGAUCAGAGGGCUGAUGACGGACCUAUUAAUCCCUUUAAUGCAUCAAAAGAAGCGAGGGAUCGUGGAAACGUUUGUGUGGAAAUCAUGGGAAUAUUGUGAUCUGCCCGAGGCUCUGGGCGAAACUGGUGAUUAGUUUUUGGGGUUGAGUUUUUUUUGAAAAAAAAGACUCCCCUGGAUUUUUCCCCCCCCCCUCUCUCCUCUCCCCCCCGUUGUUUUACACCGACUUGGAACGUGGGUGAUCUUGUUUUCUCUGCUUUGAUCCCGAACCCCCAUCCCAUCUCUCAUCACUCCUGUUAGCCACGUUAUAGCUUAAAUGGAAUUAGUUUGGAUUGGAGCCCCUUUGCAUAAGAAUCAGACAUGGUCCAAGGGCAUCGCCUCGGAUUGCUUCACGUUGUAUCAAGUCUCAUCCUACUCGGUCUGUGUGUGGCAACAAAAAAGGAUUCAGACAAAACAAGGUCUUCAGAACGACAGAAGCCGGUGCAAUGUGGUUCCUGGAUCAAGAAUCCCAAUGGUGGUUCCUUCACUUCUCCCAACUACCCAAGCAUGUACCCUCCUGACCAAGAGUGCAUAUACAUUAUAGAAGCUGCUCCAAGACAAAGUAUUGAACUUUACUUUGAUGAAAAGUAUUCUAUAGAACCUUCUUGGGAGUGCAAGUUUGACCAUAUUGAGGUACGAGAUGGACCUUUUGGGUUUUCUACUGAAAUUGGACGUUACUGUGGUCAGCAAAUUCCACCUUUUAUAACAUCAUCUGGCAGAUUUUUAUGGAUUAAAUUUUUUGCUGAUGGGGAACUUGAAUCUAUUGGAUUCCUGGCAAGAUACAACUUUAUACCAGAUCCUGAAUUUGCACAUCUUGGUGUUCUGAAACCAUUGCCAGUGUGUGAGUUUGAAAUGGGAGGACCUGAGGGGAUCAUUGAAUCACUGCAAAUCGUGCAGGAAGGAAAGGCUAACUCCAUCGAGGCAGUCGAUUGUAAAUGGUACAUUCAAGCACCACCGAAAUCCAAGAUCUAUUUGAGGUUCCUUGACUAUGAAAUGGAAAAUUCAAAUGACUGUAAGCGCAAUUUUGUGGCAAUCUAUGAUGGGAGCAGCUCAGUGGAAGAUCUGAAAGCCAAGUUCUGCAGCACUGUAGCCAACGACCUGAUGCUCGGCACAGGAUUUGGGGUUAUCCGAAUGUGGGCUGAUGAGGGCAGUCGGAAUAGUCACUUCCAGAUGCUUUUCACAUCCUUCCGAGAGCCCCCUUGUGAUGCCAACACUUUCUUUUGCCACAGCAACAUGUGCAUUAAUGACACUUUGGUCUGCAAUGGAGUUCAGAACUGUGUGUAUCCCUGGGAUGAAAAUCAUUGCAAAGAGAAAAGAAAAGCAAGCCUGCUGGACCAGCUUACCAACACCAGUGGGACUAUAAUCGGGAUCACCUCUUGCAUUGUGAUUAUUCUCAUUGUUAUCUCUGUUAUAGUUCAGAUCAAACAGCCUCGCAAAAAAUUCAUCCAAAGAAAACCAGACUUUGACCAAACAGUUUUUCAGGAGGUUUUUGAGCCCACACACUAUGAACUCUGCUCUCUUAAAGGGAAAGGGGCAGCAGCUGAUCUGGGGGACAUUGUAGAUGAUUUUGAGAAUUACCAUAAACUGAGGCGAUCGUCUUCUAAAUGCAUCCACGACCAUCACUGUGGUUCCCAGAUGUCUAGCAUUAAAGGUAGCCGUAGUAACCUCAGCACCCGCGAUGCCACUAUCCUCUCAGAGAUACAGCCGCAACCAGUGAAGCCUAGCGUCCAGCCUAUGAGCAGGCGGAGUAUCCUCGUCAUGAAGCACAGCUACUCACAGGACGCAGCAGAUGCAUGUGAUAUUGAUGAAAUCGAAGAAGUCCCGACUACGAGCCACAGACUGUCCAGAAAUGAUAAGUCUGUCCAGCGAGGGAUGCCCGUGAGGCUGGAAGAGAAUGACAGUGAUGAUUGUGAAAUGCAGCAAGAAAGGCAAACGGGACUUUACUUCCUCCACCACUGUUAAAAGUGCUGCCUCCAGGCCACUAACAUGACUAUCACAUUCUCAGGCUCAUCACCACAAUCAAAAUCCAUCAUGCACAUUUUAAAUGCAGAAGAAAAAGUUUAAAAAAAUCUAAGUGCCUGUUCCCAUAUGCAUCGACUGACAGGAAUUUGGCUUGGAUAACUAGCAGAGUUUUAACAAAUGCAAACUUUAAAAUUAAAAUGUCUGUUAGGUGAAAAAGCAUCUGGCUGACAGACGUUACUGGUAAUAGUUUCAGAAAUUGCUGUAAUUAUUUCCUAGUGGUGAGAUUUCCUACCGCAAUGUGAAAUGUACGUAGCUUGGCCCAAAAUGUGUUAAUUGCUGGAUCCAUCACACAGCAACUAUGUGGGUUUGAAAUACAAGUCCACUGAAAUCACGUCAGCUUAUUUUCACUGUGUUUUUCAUCAGGUACGGCAAGUUUCUACUGACAAAAGUGCAAUUUAUGUCAUUUUGAAAAUUAAACUCAGUCAAUUUUCCAAGUAAAAACUUGCUUAAUGGGCCCAGAACAUCCAAAUCAGCCUUCUUACUGUCAGGUUAGGUUUCUAUUGCUAGAUUUGUUUGUUUCCAAAAUGAACACUCAUUUUACCUAUGACC